GAUACCUCCCUCACCGGCUGAUGAGCAUCCUGAUCCGGCAGAUCUCCUCCUCAGACUUCCGAUACCAGAAGGCCAUGGUCCUUGACCAGAAAGAGCUGGCGUUGAUCUUUCGCACCUUCGACGACGACGGCACCGGUGACCUCAGUGCCGAAGAGGUCAUCGAGAGCUUCGAGGCGCGAGGCCUUCGCUUCAAGGACCAGGAGGACGAGAUGAACUUCAAGAAUCGCUUGAA